AUGGGUGCUCAGGGCCCCGGCUGCGCUCCGCCUAUGCCCGAGGGAGGCUCAGAGGACCGAGGGCCGCGGUCCGCGGCGGGCCCGAAUCAGACACCUCCGGGGCCACGUGGCCCUGAGCCACGAACGGGAGUGGGCAGUGGGGGCGCUUACAGGGGGCGGGCCUGGAGAGGCCCAGGGCGGGAGGGCGCCGAGACCUCCGCGCCCCUCACCCCAACCCCAAGCCCAGGCAUGCACGCCCGACCGGCCGCUCGGGGUCCUGGAAACACUCCGGGCCCCCGGGCCGGGCCAGGUUUGCUGGCCAGGGUUGCCGGUGUGCGGGGACGGGGCGGCUUCAGCCGGGCUGCCGGCCCUGGCCGGCGCGCCCCGUGGAAAGGAUGGGUGCUCAGGGCCCCGGCUGCGCUCCGCCUAUGCCCGAGGGAGGCUCAGAGGACCGAGGGCCGCGGUCCGCGGCGGGCCCGAAUCAGACACCUCCGGGGCCACGUGGCCCUGAGCCACGAACGGGAGUGGGCAGUGGGGGCGCUUACAGGGGGCGGGCCUAGAGAGGCCCAGGGCGGGAGGGCGCCGAGACCUCCGCGCCCCUCACCCCAACCCCAAGCCCAGGCAUGCACGCCCGACCGGCCGCUCGGGGUCCUGGAAACACUCCGGGCCCCCGGGCCGGGCCAGGUUUGCUGGCCAGGGUUGCCGGUGUGCGGGGACGGGGCGGCUUCAGCCGGGCUGCCGGCCCUGGCCGGCGCGCCCCGUGGAAAGGUGCGGCCGGCUGGCUGGACACGGCACAUCAGAGCGAAAAGGAAGCGCAGCGUAGGGUUUUUAAAUGCACCUGGCGGCAACCGCCUCCAUCUAAGAUCAUACCACCCUGAACGGGCCAGAUGUCUUCUGAUCGUGGAAACUAAGCAGGAACUCUUGAAGGAAGAAUUUGAAGGACCUCAGGAAGGUCCUGUGCUUGGCGAGCGGCGUGGCGAGGAGGAGGGCCCCGGUCGGGCGAAGGGGCGGGGCUGA